UCAUGAUAUUUUAUAGCAUUGGUAGCAUUGUGAAAUGAGAGUUUAUGCACACGAUGUAUAUCGGUUUUGAUGUUUACGUAGACCGUUGAUGGUUAUGUGAAUUGUAGUAGGUAAUAUUAAUGUGUCCGUUUAUACCGACAGUCAGCCUGACACGAAGAAGAGUUGGAACAUAUUUUAGAAGUGUACCUAGUGUCACAGACUUUUUAAUAACUUCAAAUAUGCCGGCAGUUAUUGUGGGGCGGCCCAAACGAAGUGAAGCGAUGUGGGAAGCCAUCAAAAACCACAUAAUAAGAGAGAGACAAAAAAAGAAACAAGAACAAGAAGCUGAUGCAGAGGUUGAACGUCAACGAAAGGAGCGUGAACGUAAACAGAAGCAAGAUGUGAUGACUCUUGGUGAGACUAGAGACCAGAUUUCACAACUGGAAGUGCGAUUAGCUCAGCUUAAAGAUGAGAAACAUCAACUAUUUCUGCAGCUUAAGAAAGUCCUUAAUGAGGAUGAUAAUCGAAGGAGGCAGUUGGUUAAGGAGUCAAAUGAAAAUAUGAUCAGCAUGCACAGUUAUCCAACUGUUGCUUUAAGUAGUCAUCCGCAGCUCUUUCUGCAACAGAAUUUAUCUCUCCCUGGACGUCCACCGAUCUACAAGAUUGCCCCAACACAUGGCACUCAGCAUUCAUUAUUGCCACCAGGAGCCUUAAAAAGAUCACGAAGUCCAUCUCCUCCACCCAACUAUCAUCAGUAUGGCUUCAAACCAGUAAACAUCCCUGCUUAUCCUCAGCAAAAAAUUGAUGAUGGCAGGAGAGGUCAUGAAUACGGGCGAGCUGUCUUGUGGAACAAGAAUACUCAGUACACAGGAUCGCAGCAAUUCUACGCACCUCACGGACCUCAGCAAGUGCCAGCGGCCACCACGGUGAGCUACUCGCCAUCACCAGCGCAACAGACAGUGUACACUUACACUGGCCCUCAGUAUGCUCAGCCUCCACCAGGAGCAGCUGCAGCACCGCCUCGUGAUGACACGGGGAAGCAGACUCAGCACAGUGUGUACCUGGGCCAACCUCCUCGAGCCAACCUUGCUACUAUCCCGCCACAUAGUCAAGCGUACGUAAGUCCACUUCAUCAGCCCAUGGAACACUCAGCACAAAAGACAGGAUUUCCAUCUGCCCAGGAAGCAGCUGAGAAGUAUUACUCGGUUUCUCCUAUCCGACCAGCAACUCACGUCCCGAUACACGGCGGAGCCAUCCCUAUACAGCAACCGCCACAGGGUGCCAAGACUGGUGGUAUAACAUCGGGGUAUCCAAUUCGGGCGCAACCUGUACCUGCACCUCCCCAUGCACCCUCUCAUGUUACAACAGGAAGUUACCAACCUAAUGUUUCUACACCGCAUAGUGUGUACGUGACACAAGCACCGAGCGGACGCUUGCUGUACAGUCAGGCUGGUCCAGCUGGUCACCCUCCUCCCCCAGGACACCCACCACCCCAACAGGGUCGAUAUACAGUCCCUGGCUUGCAAAGGGAAAUGUGAAGCUGGCUGACCAUAUGCAGAGUGAUGACACUAUACAGU